AUUACCUUGCAGCCGCAGACGCAGUCCCGCGCCCGCCCAAAAAGAGUUGGAAUUUGGAAAGAAGCCAAGAAAGGCAAAAAUAAUGGCAAUUACUGCAGCAGGAGCAAUGGUAGCAGUUCCAUCAUCCAUGGCCUUUCGUGCUCGACAAAGAGUUAAGUGCUUAUUCACCCCAUUGGCGUCCUUCUCAGGCCAAUCUUCUCCCUCUCCACCCUCAAGGAAGCUCGUUCUCUACACCAAACCAGGUUGCUGUUUGUGCGAUGGCCUCAAAGAAAAGCUUCAAGCGGCUUUUUUACUUGCCGGCCCAGAUUCCCUCCACGAUGUUCAUUUGCAGAUAAGAGAUAUUACCACCAACCCCGAAUGGGAAAGGUCUUACCAGUAUGAGAUACCCGUUCUGGCCAGAAUUCGUUCUGAUGGAACUGAGGAAACACUUCCAAGAUUGUCUCCUCGUCUUGGAGUUGAGCUCAUCCAAAGGAAAAUUGCAUCUUCAUUGAAAGAAUAGGAGACAUUAAGGUUCUCUGUGUUAGCAAUAAUUAUUGCAGUUUUAAUCUUGUCUUUCAAAUGAAUGUCUCAAAUGAGGAGCCAUCUGUAAAGAAAUCUUUGUGUUAAACUUAAUUCUGUAUGUUUAGUAGAUCAAUUUUCAUGUUUUUUUUCCAGCGUUUCAUAAGCUCAUCGUUUUUUCUUA